AUGUCAUAUAGAUCAAGUAAACCUCUUCAGUCGGUAAAGAACUAACCGGGGUCGUUCUUUCCAAAGCAACCUUACUCACCAGCUAAGUCACAUAUAGAGCACUUUAGGUCUGAAAAUCCUACACCCCAUAAUCGAAAAUAAUAAUAGGCUUAUCCUCCGAGACAAGAUUCGUUUAACAUGUCGAGCGGGGAAAGUCUGGAAUAAUUUCAUAGAAAGCGUUAAAAUUCUAAUUUUAGUUAAGAUAAGAAAGCAAAAAAUUAACUGUUUAAUAUUUUAUUCAAUAAUACAAAGCGUAAUGUAAGUUUUAGUAAAGACACCAUGUAAAAUAUGAUCAUGUAUAAUUAGGAAAAAGCAAACUCUACAAAACCCAUUUAAUAAUUAAGGAUAAAAUUGGUAUCUUCCAAGUAGAUAGAAGUUAUCCUAAACGAUGUAAAAAAAGCCACCCAAGAUAAACAAUAGCAUGGAUGGAUAGUAGACUGUUGAUAUCAGUUUUGAAAACAUUUUAAUCAAAGGAUAUUAGGAUCAUAGCGGCUUUUAGAGUGACACAACAAAACCUGCAGAAGACUACAACCCUAGAUCAAUCAAAUUAUUUGAAAAGGGCAAAUAACUGUUAAGAGAAAAGCAAAUUGAUGAAGCAAUAGAGUAAUCAAUGUAUUUUAAUCCAAGUUUAUUAAAAAAAUGCAUAGAAGUUGACACCAGAUUAUUAGAGGGCCAUUAUUUUUUGGGAAUCGGCUAUUUGGGAAGUCAAUUGUAUUAAAAAGCUAUUGCAGAAUUCUAAUAUGUAAUUUAGUAGGAUGCAGUUCAUCGCAAGAACAUUUAUCUACUCUUAGCAAUUUCUCAUAAGAAGAUGAAUGAAUUAGAUUAAGCAAUUCAAAUCCUAAAUAAAGUGAUCACCAUGUUCCCAAGAUAUUACGAUGCCUACAUAUACAGAGGUAAAUUGCAUACCAAACUUAAUUAAAUUGACAAGGCUGAUUAAGAUUUCAACGUUGCCAUUCAAUUAAGCCCUUAAAAAGGUUUAGGUUAUUUAGGUAAAGCGGAUUGCUUAAGAAUACAAUGCUAAUAUAAAGAAGCCAUUAAAUGCUACUAAAAAGCUAUCAAUUGUGAAUAAGCAGUUGGAAAUGCAGCUAUUUUAAAAAAGGCCAUCACCUUAUAUGAAAGUUAAUAAUAUGAAGAAUGUGCAAAAGACCUGACGAAACUGUUAGAAACUGAUCCAACAAAUUCAGAAGCCUAUUAUUUCAAAGGAUUAAGUAGAUUAAAAAUAAGUAAUUUAGUAUUUGAAUUUUAGAGAAUAACACCGAAGCACUAUUAUGUUUUGAAUAAGCUAUAAAGCAUAACAAUUCAAAAAAAGCAGUUACCAAAUCAUUAUAUGAAAUAGCCAAGAUGAAAAUUGAAUAAAGAGACUUUUAUGCGGCUUAUCAUACUUUAAAUAGAUCUUCAAUGCUAGAUACAGAGAAGAGCUAUUUAGAGAAAUUUAAAUUGUUUACUGAAGUAACUUAAUCAAAUUAAAUUAGGCUGUGAUAUUUUUGAUGAAAAGAAAAUUCUAAGACAGUAUGCUCAACUUUCAAGAAAUCCAAAACAACCAUCAAUUAAAUGACUUUUUAAAGCCCUUGUUUUAUGCUUAUAGAGCUUACGGGUAAUUUUGUUUAUCCAAACAUUAAAAAGCAUUAGAUGAUUAUAAAUAUCUAUUAGAAAUCUAACCUGCUGAGUCAAGUGUUCAUUAUAAUAAAUUUCUAUGUGAAGGUAUUCUGAAAGUGCAAUCUGGGUUAUACACUGAUGGUAUGGAAUUCUUUUAAAGAGCCUAGAAGAUAUUUUAGAAGAAAAUGGAACCCACCUUUUAUUUGGCUGUUACUUAUAUUAAUUAAUCCUUCAAAAAAAAAAAUGAUUAGUACAAAGAUGUCAUCAAGGGACUAGAACUAUUGGAUAAGGCGAACAGUAUGAAUGAUCAAAAUGCCAAUUUAUAUUAUAUUCGAUCUAUUGUGAAGUGCUUUUUAGGUUAAGUGAAUGAAGCAUUGAUGGACAUUGAAUUUGCAAUCUCAAAGUCAGAAGAUAAUGUUGCAAAGUAUUUCUAUUUUAGAGGAAUGGUUUUUGGAAUACUCAAGCAAUAUAAACAUUCACUAAAUGAUUUUAGCAUUUGUCUAACACUUGAUGAAACAUUUGCUGAUGCCUACUUAAACAGAGCAAAGUGCCAUUUCCUAAAUGGAGAUUCAAAUUCUGCUUUCUAAGAUUUACAACAAUGUAUUCAGAUUCUAUAAGAUGAUCCAAGAAUGCAUGUAUGGGCUGGUAACUUUUUGUUUGCAAAUGCUGCAAUUGAAGAUGCCAUAAAAGCUUAUUCAAAUAACAAGGAUUUUAAAAAUAAUCCAAAAUUACUAUAAUUGCGUUCAGAAUGCUAUAUGGUUUUAGGUGAUUUGAAUUAAUGUUAGGACGAUAUAAAUAGAUUAUAUAAGUUAACUAAAGAGAAGACUGCUGAAUUUGAUAAGGAUAUGUUGCAAGCGUUGAGAAUUAUUUUUAAGGAUGAUUAGUAAAUCUAUUUUAAUGAGGAGAGUGAUAAUGAGUAAACUGAGUUCAAGAAUAAUCUUAACAAAGCAAUUAAUAGUCUAAAUCAAUUAUGUCGAGGGAAUGGUAAAUUGUUUCAGCAGUUUCACGUUUACAUAUUCCGUGGAGUCUUUUUAUUUCAUCAAGAAAAAUAUGAGGCUGCUUUAAGAGACUUUUAAAUGGCCAAGAGUCAGAAGGAACUCUCUAUAACAGAGAAGAAAUUAAAAUAAAGGGGAAGCCAAUCUGAUAUUUUCACAGAAGAGGAAUUUCAUGAAUUGACCGUUGAUGAAGAAGAUGCUGAUUUAUUAGAAAUCUUGGAAAUCAAAUUUAAUGAGUUGAUAUGUUUAGUUAUACUUAAGCAAUAUAAAAAAGCUAAGGAAAAAUGUAAAUAAUUAAUAGAGAAUAUUAAUGAAGCAAAGUAAGAGGGCUUAUAAAUUUUAUUGAUGCAUAUUGAAUAAAUUCUUAUGAGAAAUUAGCAACCCAUUGAUUAUCAAAGAGUAAUUUGCUUGUAUGAUGAACCUAAAGAAAACGUCAUUUGCUUCUAAGUACCAAUCGUUUAUGUAGAUGGGUUGAAAAUACGAUUAUCUUUUAGUUUACCAAAAUUAUCUCCUCCAUCUUUAUCCAUAACAUUUGACAAAAGUUUAGUUUAAGAUAUUGGAGUAUUAAAUAAUCAUUUAUUUAUUUAGCCACUAUCCGUUGAAAAUAAACCAGAAGCACCCUGGAUAAGAAGAGAACAACAAGAUGAUAUGAUCAUUUUUACAGAAAAUGUUUAAUUAGUAGAUGAUAUCAGAUUAGAGACUGAAAAAGAUGACGAGUAACCUCAGUAAUAAUAAUAAAUGAUAGAAAUUACUUAAAUUAAAAAUAAUCUAAUGUUGGAUAAAGAUAUUGAAGAAAAAUUAUAAAGAUUUUUCGAAAAAAAAAAUAACAAAAAAUGA